AUGUCUGCAAAUGCCUUUGAUGAGGAGGUCUAGCUUAGAUUUUAGUAAAAUUUUAAAAAUUAUUUUUAAUAUUUAUUUUUUUUUUAUUAUGAAGUAAAGUUUCUGAAGAUUUUGAUAAUUAUUCAAAUAUCCACUUCAAAAAGUUUGAUUAAAACAAAGAUUAACGAGACAUAGCUUGCUACUUAAAGUAUAUUAUUAUAAAUUAAAUAAUGCAAUAAUCAUUCUUUUUAAAAUAGUAAUAAAAACAUAAAAGUUUUAUAAGUAGCUCAAAUAGCAAAAGGAAUAUCUCUCUGUAAGAAUCUUUAAUAACUAAAGCUAGAUUUAUCAUAAAAUUAAAUUCAGUCGUAAGGAGCUUUUCUUUUAGGUGAAGGAAUUUCAGAUUGUAGAAACUUAAAAUCUCUUACAAUUUUGCUAAAAAAUAAUUAUAUUUUUGUUGAAGGAGCACAAAGUAUCUUAGAAAAAAUAAGUACCUGUUCUGAUAUUCAAUAUUUAUCUAUUGAUAUGAGCUCAAAUUCAAUUAAAGAUAAAAAGGAAUUUAAACUCAAAAUGUGUUGCUUUAAGAUAUCAUUAUAUCAGAAAUUUAGUUUGAGCUAAAAUAUUGGAAACUUAAGUAAUCUAAGAAGCUUGAAAAUGAUUUUGAGCUAAAAUUAUAUUGGGAAUUAUGGAAUUUCUUAAUUGGGUCUUGGAAUCAGUAAGUGCAAUCAACUAGAAAUUCUAAAUUUGAACUUUUAGGAAAAUUUAAUACAAGAUAAUGGAGUUAAAGACUUUGCGUGCAGCAUUAGAAAAUGUUAAAAAUUAAAGCAGCUUACUUUGAAUUUCAACAAUAAUAAUAUAAAAGACUCUGGGAUAGAAGAAUUAGGAUUAAGCAUCAAAAGUUGUUCUUAACUAAACUUUAUUCACUUUAGCUUAGACAAUAAUUAAAUAGGUAAAAAGGGAUUUUAUUAGCUUGGAUUAGGAAUAGGAAAAUGUAAAUAAUUAAAAUAACUUUAUCUUUCUACUGUAAAUUAUUCUUAUCUUCCUAUCGGUAAAUGUGUCAAUCUCAUUGAUAUUUCUAUUGUUUUCUAAAAAAACCAAAUUUAAAGAGUUUCAGAUUUCUCCAAAAUGAGUGCUCAAAUAGGAAACUUAAUAAAUUUAACUUCAAUAAAUCUCUUUCUUAAAACACAUAGGAUAGGUACAAAAGGAGCUUAAAUGUUAGGCUUAGCAAUUAGUAAAUGUAUAAAAUUGACUUCAUUAAACUUAAAUUUAAGCAAAAACGAUAUCAAUGCAGAAGGAGGUAACUGUUUAGGCUAAGGUAUUGGAAACUGCUCAUAAUUGAAAACUUUGAAGAUUUAUUUAAAUAAAAAUAAAUUGGGAGCUUCUAACAUUAUUUAAGGAAUUUCUAAAUGUACUCUUAUUUCAACAUUCUUGAUAGAAAUAGAGUCAAAUUUUAUAAACUGCAAGCAAGCUUCCACAUUUGCUAUAGGAAUAAAUAAAUUAGUUAAUUUGAAUUAAUUUGAUUUUAGCAUAAGCCAAAAUGAAAUAUAAUGCACAGGUUUGUAUAAAAUAACAAUUGAUUUAGGAGUUUGCUCAAAAUUAACUCAACUUAGCUUAGAUUUUUAGGCAAAUUAUAUUAGAGAUUAUGGUGUAAUAGACCUAGGUUUAUCGAUUAGCUCACUGUUUAACUUGCAGAAAUUAAAAUUAAAUUUAUCAAAUAAUUUUAUAGGAGAUACUGGUAUUUCUGGGUUAGCUAAUGGUAUUGCAAGCUGUCAUAAAAUAGCUAUUUUAUAUCUAAAUUUACAGUUUAAUUACAUAAAAGAUUAAGGAAUGAUAGAACUUGCAACGGGAAUUACAAAAAUGAAAAAAUUAACUUAAACUUCUAUAAAAUUAAAUUAAGGAUAGAAUUAAAGUUUAAACUAGCUUUUUACCACUCAGAUAUUAAAAUGCCAUUAACUAAGUUUGAUUUUCAUCGACAUAUGUUAAGAUUAAAUUAAUUGGCAAAAAUUAAUGAAGAGAAAAUUAAUAAGACUUGUUGAUACUAAGAAAUUAAACUAGACUUUUUGA